UGGAAGAUGAUUGUCGGUGUUCAAUUGCUUUUCCUCUUAAUCGGGGUAUUGUUUGCAUUCUUUUCGCCCACUCGGAGCCAGGAGCUGCCCCAGGAGUGUGGAAAACUGAGGGAGACCCAGCUUCACAAUGAGAUGGAGAUCACCGCCGCGAACGAGUACACCUGGAUUGGUCGUGUGGGCUACGGGGAGUCGAGUAAUCUGAACACCAAAUUCUCAUGUCUGGCCGUGCUGAUCCACCAGCGGUUUGCCAUCCUUCCGGCUCACUGUGUCCUGAUCGAUGAUGAUAACUCCACAGCCAUGUUCAUCCUUUUCGGAGACUGGCGCGCCAAUAGAAACUUCAAGACGGGUGACUGCCGCCUGGAGAGGGGCUCUACCACAUGCACUCCGCCACCGCAGGCGGUGGACAUGGAGCAGAUCUCGGUGCAUCCACAGUUCAAGUUGGGAAAUCACGACUACGAUAUUGCCCUGGCCAAGAUGGUGCGGAACGUGGAACUCUCGGAAUUCGUGCAGCCUCUGUGCCUGCCGCCAGCUCAAGGGAUCGAGGGCAACCACAUCUCCCGACGGUUGGAGAUGACGGGAUUCACGCAGGAGCAUUCCUGGAAUGAGGAAAAGAUCCAGGACGUGGAAUGGCGGCGAAAGGUGGUAAGACAUACGACCAGCCUGGAGUUCUGCAUCGCUCUAACGGAGGCUCUUGACGAGCUGACCCUCUCCCAGAAUCACCUGUGUGGUGUUGAAAUUGAGGGGAAUCACCUCAUGUCUGGGUCACCGCUGAUGGAUGUCGAGGUGGUGGAUGGAAAACCUCGAAACUUCUACCUGGUCGGAAUAAACACCUUUGGAACAGUUUCUGGUACUUUUUCUCCUAUUUACAUAGACGGAUUCAUGCGCAUUUUGCCAUUUAGGAACUGGAUCUUGAAAAACAUUGAAUAUGCUUUGCCAUAGACACUUGGCCAUAUCGCUUUGAAGUAUAACAUUUGUAUAUCUUAAUAUUAAAAUAUGCAGGAAAUAAGAAUUAAACUUAUUAGAUUUUAGAAGAGAUUUCUGUAAAUAUUAUGUCAUGUUCUCUCAGAUUAAAGUUUCUCAGUGAUCAUCUGAACAAAAGCUUUUGUAACCCUCUAUCAAAAUCAUUCGAUCUACUCAUUGGCAUUUAGUUUAUUCAAAAGCUUUCUUAGAAUAUGUUUUCCGGUAUUCAAGUAGGAAAGUAUUGAAGAUAAGAAACACAUUAAUUUGAAAGAUGAACCAAACUAUAAACUAAAAGAUUUUAAGUUACAUUUCAUUGUUUAAACUGUAUAAU